UUACCAUGCGGCUGGCCAGAUGGGCCAGGAGCCCACUGAGAAGCAAUUCCAACCCAAUACGUACGGACGACGGCACCGGGAAGUCAGAAAGCGGGCACGAAGAAGGUUCCAGUGACUGUGGAGCAGGGCUGCCGGAGGUAGCGAGAUGGGGAAGAAGCGGCAGCUGAUCUGCCUCGCGGCCGCUGUCGCCGCCGCGGCCAUCCUCCUGACAGCGUCGGCCAAGAAGUCCGGCGAUGUCACCGAGCUUCAGAUCGGCGUCAAGUACAAGCCUGAGUCAUGUACCCUGCAAGCACACAAAGGAGACAAAAUUAAAGUUCAUUAUCGUGGGGCACUCACUGAUGGAUCGGUUUUUGAUUCUAGCUACGACAGAGGUGACCCGUUUGAAUUUACUCUUGGAAAUGGCCAAGUGAUAAAAGGUUGGGACCAAGGAUUGCUAGGUAUGUGCGUCGGUGAAAAGCGGAAGCUAAAGAUACCUGCAAAGAUGGGUUAUGGUGAGCGAGGCUCCCCACCGAAGAUUCCAGGUGGAGCAACUCUGAUCUUCGACACUGAGCUUAUCGCCGUCAACGGAAAGACAUCUGGCGGUGCAAAGACAGAAAGUGAUAGCGAGCUCUAAUACAAUGCAUUGGAGAGUUUCAGCUCCGGGGUGUAGCAGCGUCACUCAUUAGAUGAAAGGGUUGCUGGCAAUUUAGGUUUUACAGAUGUGACAAAAACAAGUCAGGUUUUGCCCAAUGGUCUAUGUAACCGACUGCAUAUGUACUCUGGAAACAGUUUCCUUUUGAUCCGUAUGAAAACUCGAUUUGUCUAAGCUACCAUGGUUUCAACAUUACAGCCUGUUUGGGCUGUUGCUGCAUCGAUCCUUCGGCCUUCGCUUGGAAAAUUUCCAAAUGCAAUGAGUGUUGAAACAA